UAUAAUGGCUUAUUCAAAAGGUUCAUCGAUACGAUGAUGGCAGGUGGUAAGGUAGAACCUGACGAGGUGCCACAACCAAAGUACACGACGGCCAAGCAGGUGAUCGAUCGUAUGGAGUCAUUAAAGAAGUUGGGCAAUGACUCGUACUCUCAACAGUACUACUGGUUCUCAAUAUCAUACUAUACUAUUGCUAUUCAAUGUUAUGAACAGCACGCUAUAUCACUAAGUGCGGCGUCAUCUGACGCUGACAAGCAACACAUGCGCAAGUUGGUCUCGGUCAUUGGCAGCAACCUAUCUUUGGCCUACGCCAAGCAACUGUGUAUUCCCGAGUCGGUUGCGGCGGCUCAAAAGUCACUGGCCUACGACGACUCCAACGUCAAGGCCUACUUCAGACUGGGUGAGGCUUUACAGCUACUCGGCAAGACUGAUCAGGCGGCGGCCAACUAUCAACAAGGCGCGAGAUUGGCUACCAGUCAGAACAGUCCAAUCAAAGAUGACAUCAAGCAAGAGUUGGAAAAUAUCCUGUUGGAUCAAAGACAGAACGCAGCCAAUCGUGUGCACACACGUGAGAGGAUCACCAACGACACAUCAUUCUCAGCAUUCCCAGUCAACUUGGAGUGGGACUCACUCAAAGGUGCCAAACUAGUCGCGUCCAAAGACAUUCCCAAGGGUACCAUUGUGUUACGUAUUGCACCAUUCUCUGCCGUCCUCUUGGAUGCCGCCAAGUUCACUCAUUGCUCAUCAUGUAUUACAUCAAUCAAUCAAUCAGUUUGCAAGUAUGUGAUCUGCCCCAAGUGCCAGAACAACACUCUUUGUGGUACAUGUAACCAGGACAAGGUGGUCAUCGAGGAGCAUGCUAGGGAGUGCGAGCUACUGGCUUACAUGCUCCAAUACCAUCGAAAUGAAGAGACUACAGGCUUUCGAUUCCAAAUACGUACUGUUUUGAAGGUUAUCCAACACUUGGAGGGCAAGGCAAACAGAUUGAACACUCCUACAGCAUGGCGCAAGGAUGGCAAGCCAUUCAUAUAUGACACAUUGGAGGAUUUCGAUCAUGUCUUUGUCCCAUCGUCGGCAAAGAACAAGGGCAGCGCUCCGAAUCAGGAUGAAUGUGUCGAUGGUAUGAUCAAUCUGUUUGUCACCAAGCUUGGCGCAGAUUCCCUUUCAAAGGUUGACCGACAACAUGUCGACAAUAUCGUCAGGAAUCUCUCAAAGAACUCACGCGAGUACCUCGAGACUCCACACAACCGAGGGUAUGCUCGUGGAAUGUUCCCAUCAGAGACCUACAUCAAGCACUCAUGCCAUUUCAACUGCAACUGGUUCACCGAUUCCAAUGGUAUGUUGGUUUUCCGCGCCAUCCGACCGAUCAAAGCUGGCGAUGAUAUUACCUCCUUCUCUGUGAACCCCACCCUCACCCGAGCCGAGAGGAUAGAGGACCUGAUCAAUAUGCAGUCAUCCUAUUGCACAUGCAGCCGGUGUAGCUCGGACUACACGGACUAUGUGUGUCCGAAAUGUCACUCGGACAUUGGCAGGAGCGACAUGAAGAUUUGGGAGCCUAUACCCAGGUUGGACUUUGAUGGCCGUGUGAACGUCUGUCGCAAUGGACAUGUCAUGGUGACGGCCUUCUUUGAGGUGACCGAGCAGAUGGUCAGAUCCGCCCCAUCACUAGUAAGACAUGGGUAUCCAUCGGUCAUGGAUAUCAUCAGUCAUUUCUUCAAGGCGAAUAGUAUGGUGAUACUAUUCCACCAACGGGCACACGCCUGCCUACUGGUCACCCAUGGCGAUUAUGCAAAGAUACCUGAAGCAAUCGAACGUGUGUGGAAGACAACCAACGAGGCAUUUGAUUAUCCCAAGGAGAUAAUACCUCAUUUCUAUGUGGAGGACUACAAUAUGUUGUUAAUGACACAAAAGAUGAGCAAGAAGAAGGACAAAAAGAAGAUGCAAGAUGCGAUUGAUCAGUGUCGCCAGGUCCUGGAGAACCAUUUGGAACUGUCCACACAUCAUAUCAAGAAUGACUUCAAUCAAAAGUUCUCCAUC